GAAUGACAUAAAGAGAAAUAUUUUCAUGCAUUUUUCCUCGUUGUUAUUGUGAAAAAAUCGAAAAACUAGCUGUUCAUUUCAGCUAAAAUCUUCCACGGGACCCAAAACUCGAAGCUACAUCAGCCCCAAACCGCUUGACACUGGAUUUUACGGCGAAUUUAUUGAAAAAAUUAAAAAGGAACCAAAAAAAAUGGCAUCAGCGCAGUUAUCGCGGAACGAAGUCCUAAAUAUUCUCGUGAGGGUCACACUAAUUUCCGUCGGCACAUAUUACUCGCUCAAAUGGAUGAUGAACAUGAUUGAUCCGACAAAUAAGAGUAAAAAGCGUGCGCGAACGGUAGCGGAACAGCUACUGAAACGCCUGGAAAAGAGCAAUAAUCAAAUAAAAGUGAAUCCGAACAGCUUGAAUGAGCACGAGCUGAUGAUCGCGUCGAAUCUCGUCAUUCCCGAAGAUAUUUCCGUGAGUUGGAGCGACAUUGCUGGCUUGGACAAUAUCGUGCAAGAGCUGAAAGAGUCUAUUGUGUAUCCGAUCAAGCAUCGCGAACUCUUUAAAAAUGCGCCACUUUAUCAGGCGCCCAAGGGAGUUUUGCUGCAUGGACCUCCGGGGUGUGGAAAAACCCUCAUCGCCAAAGCGACAGCCAAAGAAGCGGGAAUGCGAUUCCUCAACCUCGAUGUUGCCAUGUUGACCGACAAAUGGUAUGGGGAGUCGCAAAAACUCGCUUCUGCUGUUUUUAGCUUGGCUGCCAAGAUCCAGCCAUGCAUCAUUUUCAUCGACGAGAUCGAUUCAUUCCUGCGUUCGCGCAAUUCGUCGGAUCACGAGGCAACGGCGAUGAUGAAAACGCAAUUUAUGAUGUUGUGGGAUGGGCUGAGCACACAAAAGGACAACACCGUGAUCGUCAUGGGUGCGACAAAUCGGCCGCAAGACUUGGAUAAAGCGAUUUUGCGACGAAUGCCGGCACAAUUUCACAUUGCAUUCCCAAAUGUCGAGCAGCGGAUCAAGAUUUUGCGACUUGUGCUGGAGCACGAACACACGUCAGACGAUGUGGACUUUAAUCACUUGGGAAAACUCACGAAUGGCUUUUCGGGAUCCGAUUUGCGGGAGUUGUGUCGAAAUGCGUCCGUGUAUCGCGUACGUGAACUCAUGAAUUCCAACCAAAAAGUCUUGGAAAAUUCGCAUGACGAGUCGUCGGGGGCGACAAAUAAUGCGACGCCACUGCCGCCGAUCAAGAUGCAGGACCUCAUUGACUCGUAUGGCAAGAUGAAAGAGAGUAAAAUGCACACCGGAAUGCUUUUUAGCACAGAUCGGAUCGACUUAGACUAAAAAAAAAUGGAAAUGCGGGAGUAGAAUAGCAAAAAUUAAAAAAAAAAUACAAAAUAGCUUGUUUUAAAUUAAUGUAUGAGUGCGUUGAACAUAUAUAAGUAUUUAAAUAAAGAGAGAGUACAUAAUGA